GACACGUGACACAACCUCCUCAAACCGACAACUCAUCACUGCGCAUGCGCAAACCCUCUUGCAGGUUACACGAGUUUAUUUUCAGCCUUUUCUCUUGAAUACUCGUUAUGAAGGUGUAAAGUGACUGGUUGAGCCUUGUGCGGAUAUAAAAAUGGAUACUUGGAUGUAAAACUUGGACAAAAACGUCUUGGGAGCACCCCGGAUUGGAAUUUAGCAGUGACAUGUGAAAUGUUGCUGCGUGGUUUGUCGGUAUUUGCAGGCGGCUAACGUGAGCUAAGCUAGCUGUAACGUUAGCCAGGAGGCUCGGUUUGCCAUCUUCAGCCGCUGGUGAGAGUGUUGUGCCGUCGACGCAGCUUUAAUAAGUGCAAAAUAAGUGCUGUGACAUUAUCUAAAGGUUGUCAGGAGCUCUUUUCACCUCAAACAUAGUGCUCAGCUUCUUAGCUAGUAAUAGCUACUUUUGCAUCCUGCAGUAAAGAGAGAGACAUUACCAUCUAAGGCCCCCUUUGACAUCCACUCAGUCCACCUCGACCCCCCUCAGAGAAAACUGUGCUGAAAUGCAGAGCUGAACUGUUACAGGAGAUCACGUCGCACUACCACACACACUGUUUGUGUUGACAUGGCAGCCAGUGGAUUCUCUGACCUCAGGGAGAAGCUCAAAUCCAUGACUCCACACAGAGACGAGCAGAAAAACAAAUACGUGGACGGGACGAGCAACGGGAAGGGUCGAAAGCGCAAGUUCCGAGAGUCCGACGACGAGGAGCUUGAGCACAGCGACGACAACGCGGAGGUCCGGGAGCAGGAGGCCCGCCGGGUGAGUAGCAGCAUCCAGCAGAAGACCAUCUUCACCCCUGAAGAGUGCGCCCUCAUCGAGGAGAAGAUCGACGACGUGGUGGCCCAAGGAGAGGCUGGACUUUACCGUGAGCACACCGUGGACAGAGCACCCCUCCGGAACAAGUACUUCUUUGGAGAGGGGUACACGUAUGGAGCCCAGCUGGAGAAGCGUGGACCCGGCCAGGAGAGACUCUACCGCAAGGGGGAGGUGGACGACAUCCCGAGCUGGGUGCAUGAGCUGGUGAUCAAGCGUCUGGUGUCCAGUGGGGUGAUCCCAGAAGGUUUUGUGAACAGUGCAGUCAUCAAUGAUUAUCAGCCCGGUGGCUGCAUUGUGUCACACGUGGACCCUCUGCACAUCUUUGCACGCCCCAUCGUCUCAGUAUCCUUCUUCAGUGACAGCGCGCUCUGCUUUGGCUGUCGCUUCCAGUUCAAACCAAUCCGGGUGUCAGAGCCCGUGUUUGUCCUUCCUGUGAGGAGAGGGAGUGUCACAGUGCUCAGUGGCUAUGCAGCUGAUGACAUCACUCAUUGCAUCAGACCACAAGACAUCAAGCAGCGGCGUGCGGUUAUUAUCCUCAGAAUGACCAGACCUGAUGCUCCUCGACUGGACUCAGACAGCCCUUUGAGCUCAUCCCCUGUAGAGAGACCCAUUCCCCUGAAAGCCAAACGCUCUCAUCGCAGAGCAGAACCAGACGCUGCCCACAGGCCGAGAGUUCUGGAGAUGGACAAAGAGGAAAACAGACACCCGUCUCUGUCCCGACACGGCCGUCACAGCGCCAGCUCAGAGAACUACUGGAGGCGCGGUCAAGACUCAAACAAACACAGAGAUAGUUCAGGACGCAAAGUCAAAAUGAGACGCCACUGAGCACUUCUUCAUGCACACAUGUACACAUAUAUAAAUAUACCCACUCAUUUAUGUAUUUCAGUAAUGUAACAUUCUUUGAUCAGUCAUCAUUUUCUCGCUCAUGACGCUGAGUCAUCAUGUCUGCAUUUUGAUUUCAGUCUCAAGGUUCGAGUGCAUAUUUGUUUCUGGCAGAUGAAGCUGGCAUCUCUGCUAAAAACUGCAGAUCCUCAAGUUCCUUAGUGCAGUUAGGCUCUGUUAUGAAGCUGUUCAGUUACCUUAAAUGAAACAUUUCUUCUUUUUAUGUCCAUGGAGACUUCAAAAAGGCAUGUAUUUUUUGUAACCAAGAUGUACAGACCCCAAGAGAUAAAAGGAAGAUGUAUGUAUGAACUUGUACAAAAGGAGCUGUAAUCUAACUUGUUAUAAUGUACAUUACGUUUGUAAAGUCUUUGAUGGGGGGGGGGACUUUUAUGCAGAAUGAAACCUUUGUUUUUUGCACCCACAAUUCUGACCCAUAAGUUUAUGGUGUUAUCCUGGAUCUUUGCUGUUUGUUCACUUCUCUGUUGCUGUUUCAGUUCAAACAAAGGGCAGUAAGUCUGGCUGGGUUCUGAUAUGAUUCAGGAAAGACUCAACUUUGAUUAAUAUUUCUUGUUUCUGUCUGAAGUUGCUUUACCUUAUAUGAUAAAGAGGCCAUGUUAUCGCUGUUCUGCAUUAAAUCAAAGUUUUUCCUCA